GACCGAUUUUCUCCUAUUUCGGGUUCCAGUUAUAAUCGGACCGGUUAAGAGACUGGUUCGCUAUUUAACCAGUUGAACCGAACGGUCCGAUCCGAGUCUGACAACACUGCAAAAAAGGCGCCCACCGCAUUAGAAUAAUAGACAAAAAAAAAGGUAAAGAAGAAAAUAUGUUAGCCACAGGCCCAAUGUUAAAAAGUCUGGCAUUGGCACUAAGUGAAAUUAAACAGCCCACGUGGAGAAGUAUGUCACGAAUAGAGGUUAGAUUUCAGAGGAUUGAGAAAAAGCAAGGCAGAAUUCAAAAAGAAGAAAAUUUAGGGUUGAGGGAUUGAAAUUGGGAAGAAAUGGAAACGCGGGAGAAAACAGAGUUCGGUCAAAAAUAUUCAUUAAUUGAUAAAAUUUACAAAACAGUAAAAGGAAUAUUUAAACUAAUCAUUCAGACAAUAAUUCUAAUUACUAACAUAUCCCUCCAAUUUACAAAAAUCUAACAAAACCCCAAGGGCAUGACAAAGUACCAGCUGCUCUUAUGUGGCUCAAAAAACUGGCCCAAAAAAUGAGAAUGCAAAAGGCUGAAGAUCAUCUAGUUUCAUUACUUCAACUCAAUUUGAAACAUUUUUGGCUCUUCCAUUCCCUGGCUAAUGGAAGCUGCAUCAGUGUUUGCACAACUUAAUCGCUUUCCUCAAAGCUCAGGUCACCAAACCAGCAUAUGCAGAUUGCCAAGAAGCUUCAACAAUGAGCAUUUUAAACCAAUAUUUGUCAUACCAAGAAGAAACAAUGGAAUUAGCUUACAGAGAAUGAGAAGAUCAAAUCCAGUAUGUUCUGCUGUCACUGAAUUCUCUGGUUUCCCUUCAGACCCGGGCCAGGCUGUAAUCACUUGGCAAAUUGUAGUUGGUUCCCUAAAACAACUUGGAGGCCUUAAACUGAUUAAUGAACUUUUUCAGCCGGCGUUACACAAAACUUUUGUGGUGGCUGGAAUCGAGUUCAGCAAAAGAAUUGUGAAACAGAGACAAUGUGAAGUGUGCAGAGGGUCAGGUCUAGUUUUAAGGGCUGACAAACAGUACAUCCGUUGUCCUGGCUGUGUUCACUUCAAAGAAGGCCACUCUUUCAACCAAAACGGCUUCAAUUCCCAGCCUCAACAGUAUUUAGAAAUCACCAGACCCUUGCCCUUUGACAGCCUCGAAGCAUCUUGCACCCUCCCAAUUCUCAGUCACAAUUUCAGCAACACCUAUGGUCUUCCCCCUGUUUCAGUCCCUUACUCGCCGCCUUCCAAGUGCAGAUGGACGAAUGUCGUCCUGGAGAUCCGUAAUUCUUGCCAUGGUUUACAAUUCGAUCGGAUUGCAGCCGUCUGGCUCAGCGGCGCGGAGCUGAUCCGUACAAGCACAGCUGAGCCGACGGAGGAAGGGAUUUUCUGGGUUGUACGUAAAGAUGUCACCAGGUACUCGUCUCUGUUAGGUCAGGACAACCUGACACUGUCAAUGAUGCUUGAGAAUGUUGUUGAUGAUCACUACACUGGGAUUUUUCAAGUCAAUAUUACAUUCCAUUAUUACGAUACUUCCCCUCACCGCACCCCGCUAGCCCAGGCCCCGGAGGAUAGUGUUUGUCCUCUGAUUGAUGUACCUGGAGACAGCGAAAUUUACCAUAGGACUAGUAGGGAAUUGAAUGAUAUUGGAAAGGGUUCUUUUGAAUUAUAUGAUAGACCUGCUGAUUUGAUUCUUCCAAUUUCUUCCGGUGGAGAGGAUGGAUUUUGGUUUAGGAUUCAAAACCAAUCCCAGAUUCAUUCUAAAAGGCUGGAAAUCCCUUCUAAUACUUACAGGGCUGUGAUAGAGGUGUAUUUGUCAGGUCACGGGGAUGACGAAGUUUGGUACGCAAAUCCUCCUGAUGGUUACUCAUAUGUAACAGGGGAAACAGAGGCUGAGUCAAAGUAUGGUCAUGGUGCACACCGUGAGGUGUUGGUGAAAUUGGAUGGGGCUCUUGUAGGAUCAGUUGUACCCUUUCCAGUGAUAUUUACAGGGGGAAUCAACACUUUGUUUUGGGAACCUGUGGUAGGCAUCGGAGCAUUUGAUCUUCCUUCGUAUGAUCUUGAGUUGACACCCUUUUUAGGCCUGCUUCUUCAAGGAAGAAAGCCGCAUUCUUUUUCACUUGAAGUGUCGGAUGGCAUCUCAUUUUGGCUUGUCGACGCCAAUUUGCACCUCUGGUUGGAUCUUGGCUGGAAGCAAGUCCGGACUGGAACAGAGUCCAGUGUACCCGAGUUUUCAUUGGAACGUCGUUCUCAACUUGGUGUACUUGACCGAGAAUUUGAAAUUGAUGCUGAGAGGAAGGCUAAGGUUUUGGGGUGGAUGAUCACGUCUGCUGGCUAUUUUACUACCUACUUUGAGCAGACACUGAAGUUCCAGAGUGGGGUCAAGUACACGAAAAACAAUGGUGUAAGAAAGAUGGUGGAGCAGAAAGUGAAGGACAAGAGUGAGUUCAGCAUUAAAUCAGGGAAUGGUGAAGCAGUGAUAUUUCAUACCAGUACUGAAAGAGAGUUCGGUUUGAAAUGGAAGGGGUUGACCGCAGCAAAGGAAAGAAACGCUAUUAAGUGGGCAAAUGCAGUAGAAAUAUGGAUGGAAGAGAAGAAGAGGGUGGGAAAUUUAUGGAGCGUUUUGAGGAACCGCCAGAAUUGCAGUGGGUGGCAUCUUUACCAUGAUAACGGGAUUCAUUUAAGGAAAGCAUUCACUCACCAAAAUUAUAGUUUCCAAGAAGAGGGAUCAAAGUGCUACUCCCGGAUGGUUACUGCGGAGAACGGAUUCCUUGUCGGGGAUAGCAUCACCACUACUUCAUACAUGCGUUAA